ACCAACCAGUUGCAAGAAAAAUGCAGGACCCACCUUGGUGCAGAGUGGACAAAAGAGAACAGGACUGAUUUUCUACUUCUUUUACUAAACAAAAUUGAAAAACACAGAUAAUUGCUAGCAUUUCUGUUGUGCUAGGUAUAUUUUGGGUUCACUUACAUGUGUAUCAAUAUGCACAAAGUCUCAGGGAAGACACGAUUAAAGGGGAAUCAGUCCUCGCCUGGAAUCUCGCAUGGGUGGAAGAAGAGGGAGGACUACAACAAACACAAAUAGUGAUCCCCAGCUCAAGGGUAUAGUGACCAGGUUAUAUUGCAGGCAAGGCUACUACUUGCAAAUGCACCCCGAUGGAAGUCUCGAUGGAACCAAGGAUGACAGCAGUAAUUCUACGUUAUUCAACCUUAUACCAGUGGGUCUUCGAGUUGUUGCUAUUCAGGGUGUAAAGACUGGGUUGUAUAUAGCCCUAAAUGGAGAAGGUUUCCUCUACACAUCAGAACUUUUUACACCAGAGUGCAAAUUCAAGGAGUCUGUUUUCGAAAAUUAUUAUGUAAUCUACUCAUCCAUGCUCUACAGACAACAGGAGUCCGGGAGGGCCUGGUUCUUGGGGCUGAACAAAGAAGGGCAGGUCAUGAAAGGAAACAGAGUGAAGAAAACAAAACCAGCAGCUCAUUUUCUACCCAAGCCAUUGGAAGUUGCCAUGUAUCGAGAACCAUCUUUGCAUGAUAUUGGAGAAACAGUGCCAAAGGCUGGGGUAACUCCAAGUAAAAGCACAAGUGCAUCUGCAAUAAUGAAUGGCGGCAAACCAGUUAACAAGAGUAAGACGACAUAGCCAGAUCCUCACAGGUGUUGUGACUUACUGAGUCCCGAGCACAGUUGAGCGAUUUAUCCUUGCCAGACUUCCCCUCUGCAGUGUCUGUGGAUCAGCUUGCGGCAAGUCACGGACUUGCCCGUUGCUGUUUCUGAACUGAGUUGUUGCAAGCGGAUAAAUCUCAACAUGUAGCUCCACCCACAACAAGAAGACACCUGGAUGAACCAGCUAAACUCAGACCAUGGAAUGCCCUACCAGAUAUUGGAAUGCCUUUUUAAUAUCUUUUCUGUGACUGUGACACUUCAUGUGAAUGACAUACUUCACAAGUACACUUGAUACCUUGCCUGCUGACAAUUGCCCAUAAUCCCUUUUUGAGUCCAGUUUCAGCAAAAUCCAUGUGUUUAAGUUCUAUUUUGUAGCACACAAAUAAUCAAGUAAUUUCUAGUUAGAUGCUGUAAACCUGUGCUAUUAUGGAUUUCUCUUCUUCCCUUUUUUAUAAGGCUGCUCGCUCCACUGUCUGUGACCUUUUGCAGGGAUUGUGUUUCUCUAUAACAUAAGUGUUGCCGGUGGCUUAGUUUUGAAAGCAAUCAGGGAAUCAGAAAGCCUUCAAAAAUCUAUUAUUACAAAUUAUAUCUAUAAAGAAUAGGAUUGUUGUCUCUGGCUUACAACAUUGAUUAAACGUGAAUACUCUUUAGUAAAAGAUACUGUGCUUCUGAGGUUGGCAUUAUAGUGGAGGGAAGAGUGUCAAACACAACCAACAGGAAGUUUUCUGAACCGAGUGUUUGGCAUCCCCCUAUAGUUUCUUUUUGUGUGUGUGUUUUAUACAUAUCACAGGCUUACUGGUAAUGGUAACAUUUGCCUUGCCCAGCGAGCAAGACCCACUCAUUUUUGGGAAAGUGGGUCCAAAGAAUUUUGUAGGCCUUGUAGGCCUGAAUUAAGGCUCAUUUUUCAUCUACUAAAUCUUCAUUGUUUGAAAAACAACCACCACCAAUAAAAAAAAUAAAAAUAAGACUGACCAGAAUUGCGCUACCUAAAUUCAUUUCAAAUAUAAUCCUUUCCUGUUUUUAAGGAACUGAACUUAAUGCCAUUGUUAUUUUUGGCUGAAUCCCACACCUACUUAGCAAAGCAUGGGCAAGGAUGUUGUUGUGUUCUUUUUUGCAGCACCAAUGCAAAGGGUAGUUACAAAUUAUAGUUUAAUAUUUCUGGUGUUUUAAAAAGUUUUAAAACUGGACAUAUUACAAAACUUUAUUUUUAUUUUUAGCUAAGCAUGCAAAGUCCGGUCCUAUGUAUCUCACUGAUAUCCCAGUAUGUACCUCCACUCAGCUUCCUAGGAUAACAUGCCCACCAAAUUGCUAGAUUGAAGGUGCCUUGCCUUGAUCUCUGUAUACUGUACUUUUUCCUACAUGAACCUAGAAGAAAUCAGAAACAUUAUAAAAUUGAAGCCUUGGAUCAUAUUACCAGAAACACGAUCGACACUUUGAGUUUGUCGCUUGUGAACAAUGAAGCCAAUGUGUGCAUGGGGAGUGGGGGGGAGAUUUAGGGAAUGCCACAGAGAUGCCACUGAAGUGUUGCACACUUAGUCACAGGCUUUCAGAAGACUAAAAAUAUGGGUACUCUCUGUACGCUUAUGGAGACAUUUGUUUCUCAGAAAGGGCAACAAGGACCAAACUGUACCUCAGUCUGGAAAACUGUGUGGCAACGCUCUCUUGGCCUCUUGCUGUUACCUUGAUAUUUAAAGAUAAGAAAAGGAAAUCAUCUGUUCCUUUUUUAGCAUUGUUUUUCUGGCAAUUUAUCACGUCUUCAUGCUGAAGUCCCUAUCAGAGACCGCUGGUUUUUUUCAAACUGCCUGUCUGCUCAGCUGAAAAACUGAUUCAGUCUGAAUGAAGCCUUCAUACUAGUUUUCAAAUGUGUUCUGUUUUUAUAAGCAACAUUUAGCGCACUCUUCAAGGAGGCUACUAUAAAGCUGCUAAAUUCUAAAUAUUUUUUUUUCCCCCCCAUAGGUCAGACUUCCUUGUUUAUAUAUGUAAUAUGAGAACAGCAAGCUAACACUUGAUGUUGGGUUUCUAGGGAGGGAAUGAGUUAGGCUUGAAGCCCACUAUCCAUAUGGAGAAAAAAAAUACAAACCUACUCUAAUGCUGUGAUAAAAUGCAAAGAAACUUUGGUUUAGACUGUGCCCUUGCCUGCUAACACAAAA